AUGUCGCGGAGGAUACUGACCGAUGGCGAUGCACGCGUGAAUCGUCGCAAUAGCGUGGCGAUCACGAUGAUAUUUCUGCUGACUCUUUCCGCACUUCACCAGUCGGUAUCGAGUACUACUCGAUGGCCGGCUUCGCUGGUGAGUUACGCCAACGUCUUUGGCCUGGUGACGCCCUGGUCAGGGUCCUUGCAACCUGGCGUGAGCACGCCGCCCACCUGCCCUGCUCUAGCCCACCUGAGGCUCCCGUCCGAACACCUGGCGUACUACCUGUACUCGCACCCGGAGGCGGCCGACGCUGCGCGGAACGACACACGGUGCCGCUAUCUACUGCAACAUGACGGGGAGGUUUCGCAGUGCUGGGGGUACGAGGAGGAUUGCCCUCGCCAGGCACGGUACAGCCCGCCCGUGUGCGCCCAGGAGUGGCAAACUGGCAGACGUCACAGACUGAACAACACGGAGCGGUUCUGGAUCGACGCGGGGUUCGGCUACGUCAGAGAGCAGAAGAGACAACUCGUUCCAAUAUGCGAGGCCAGAAGACAGGAGGGCUCGUGGCUGGAGUGUUCUGAGUACGCGCGGCACUGCAGGGGCAGGGACCUGUAUCUGGACUUCCGCAGACUCAGGAUCCAGGAAAGCCGCGUGUCUGCCAAUAGACGAGACAUACUCGGCCCUGGUGAGAUAGGAGGCCGCUGCAAAGUUCACGCAGACACGCUGCUAAGCAUGAAAGGUCACGAAGUCCACGGGCUCAUGUCUUGGUACGCAGAGCUGGAAAACCUUACGUCACUCAACUUCCAACCAACCGCAGGCAACGAAAACUGUGACGUCAUUUUGGACCGGCCCACCUACUUCAUGAAACUGGACAUGGGGGUGAACAUGUACCAUCACUUCUGUGACUUCCUCAACCUGUACAUCUCCCAGCAUGUCAACGGGUCCUUCUCCACUGACGUCAACAUUGUAGUCUGGGACACCACCCCGCGUUCCUACUGGGACUUGUUUGUAGACACUUGGCGGGCCUUCACUGACCACCCUCUCCUGCAUAUCAAGGAUUAUGAUGGCAAACGGGUUUGUGUACGUGAAGCCGUCUUCUCCCUGAUGCCCAGAAUGGUGUUGGGACUGUACUACAACUUACCUUUGGUACCAGGCUGUAGCAACAGUGGACUUGUUCGGGCGUUUUCUCGCCAUGUCUUAUACAGGCUGGGAAUAAACCAUGUACAACCUCAGGAUGGACGCCUGCGAGUCACCUACCUAUCCAGAACCACACAGCAUCGCCGGGUGCUGAAUGAAGACCAGCUCCUGGCACAACUAAGGACGGACCCAAGACUUCUAGUCAGUAAGGUUGACUACAACCACAGAAAAAUGCCAUUUCUGGAGCAGUUACAGAACACACAUAACACUGAUAUCUUCAUCGGGAUCCACGGUGCUGGGCUGACCCACGCUCUCUUCUUACCAGACUGGGCCUGUCUGGUGGAGAUCUACAACUGCCGUGAUGAGCCGUGCUACCGAAACAUAGCAGCACUGAGGGGGGUUGGAUACGUCACGUGGGAAGGCAGCGAGAGCCCGACAAUAAUAGAUGAGCUGGGCACAUAUAAGCAUCGAGGGGACCAUCAUAAGUUUGUGAACUACACCGUGGGCGCUACAGAGUUCAGAGGACUGGUGGAGAAGGCUAUCACACACGUGAUCAACCAUCCCGACUACCCAACAAGACCCAUGCACCCAAAGGACGAGGUCUGACAUAUCUG